AGGAACAGAAAAGUGGUUGACUAUUCACAGUUUCAAGAUUCUGAUGAUGAAGAGUAUGGACGAGAAUCUGCUCCACCAGCCAAGAAAUCUCGGGCAUCCACAAGAGAGAGUAAAGAGAAAAGGCGAUCUGGAAGAAACUCACAAGAGAGUGAAGAAUCUGAAGAAAAAGAUGUGAAGAAAACCAAAAAAGAGGAGCACAAUUCAGGAGAUGAAGACUUUGGCAGUGAUGAUGACUUGGCAGCUGGAGAUGGAAAAGCUGACAGUGACUAUGAAAGUCCAAAAAAAAGCAAAAAGGGCAAAAAACCUACACCAGAGAAGAAGCGAUCUUCCAAACCUAGAAAAAGAUCUGCUGCAGGUGACAGUGAUGAUGAGAGAGAACGUAAAAAUGUACGCCAACAAAGACAAGCUGCAUCUAAAGCUGCUUCCAAGCAGAGAGAGAUGCUGAUGGGUGAUGAAGGAAGUGAGGAUGAAGAGCAGGAGGAUGAAGAGGAAGCACCGUUUUUGGAAACCUCAAGGAAUCGGUCGGCUUCCCACACCAAAGAUGCUGGCACCAGGAAUCUGAAGACUGGUGAACUGACACAGGCGAGGACAGCGCUGGAUCCCUGGCCAGGAGAUUCUGGGAGUGAUGAGGAUUUCAUGGUUGAAGAUGACGACGACAGUGAUUAUGGUCGAUCAAAGAAAAAGAAAAAAGUGGUGAAAAAAUCUAAACCUGAGAAGAGAGAGAAAAAAGUACCCAAGCCCCGGCUAAAGGCUACAGUAACCCCCAGUCCAGCAAAGGCCAAAGGAAAGAGCCGACCUGCGGCCUCAAAGGCAUCGAAGGAGAAGUCUCCAUCACCUAAACCUGAAGAGGAAGAAGACGACGAUGAACCAGAGACACCACCACCGGAGAAGAAAGCUGCAAGCCCUCAGCCAGAGAAAUCUGACGAAGAAGCAUCAGAUGAAGAAGCUCAGUCUACAGAAGACUAA